AUGGAACGAAUAAUACAACAGAGUCUGGUGAUCAUCAAGGUAAAGCAGGAGAACUAUUCGGUCGAGGACAACUGGAACAGCGUCUACAAUGGAAAAGUUCUCGCCAAAAGAAAGGCUCCGCCAAAAGCUGCCCCCAAGAAAGCCGCCCCGGUACCAAAGAAAGCAGCACCAAAGAAAGCAGCACCAAAGAAAGCAGCACCAAAGAAAGCAGCACCAAAGAAAGCAGCACCAAAGAAAGCAGCACCAAAGAAAGCAGCACCAAAGAAAGCAGCACCAAAGAAAGCAGCACCAAAGAAAGCAGCACCAAAGAAAGCAGCACCAAAGAAAGCAGCACCAAAGAAAGCAGCACCAAAGAAAGCAGCACCAAAGAAAGCAGCACCAAAGAAAGCAGCACCAAAGAAAUCCCCCAUCGCACCGAAGAAGGCAGCACCUAAAAAGGCAGCACCAAAGAAGAGUACACCCAAGAAGACUGUACCUAAGAAGACUGCAGCUAAGACUAUACCUAAGAAGUCUAUGCCCAAGAAGUCUACACCCAAGAAGUCUACACCUAAAAAGGCAGCACCAAAGAAGAGUACACCCAAGAAGACCGUACCUAAGAAGACUGCACCAAAGAAGAGUACACCUAAGAAGACUCCGGCUAAGAAGUCUACGCCUAAGAAGUCUAUACCUAAGAAGAAUCCAGCCAAGAAGACUGCACCUAAGAAGACUCCAGCCAAGAAGACUCCGGGCAAGAAGAUAACACCCAAGAAGACAACACCCAAGAAGACAACACCCAAGAAGACUCCAGCCAAGAAGACUACACCCAAGAAGAGUACACCUAAGAAGACUGCACCUAAGAAGACUCCAGUUAGGAAGACUACCCCCAAGAAGUCUACCCCCAAGAAGUCUACCCCCAAGAAGUCUACACCUAAGAAGUCUACACCCAAGAAGACUACCCCCAAGAAGAAUGGCUCCAAUAAAGCUGCCCAUGCAUCAAAGAAGACCGCGUCCAAGAAGGCUACUCCUACACCAAAGAAAACUACAACAAAGAAGGCGGGACCAAAAAAGGCAUCUUCCAAGAAAGCCAACUCUACGAAAGCUCCCUCCAAGAAGAAAGCUUCGUCAGGACGAGGAAAGGCUGCUCAUAAAAAGACCACGCCUAAAGGAGGUAAAACUUCGCACAAAAAGCAGGCAGCAAAGAAGGCCGCUUCAAAGGCAAAUACGUCUCAGGGAAAGAAGGUUCCCAAAAGCCAGAAUGCUUCCAAACAAAGAGGAGCUUCCAAAGGGAAAGGCGCUGCCAGGGGUAAAGCUAAUACCAAGGGCCACUCUGCUUCUAAGGGACAGCGAGGCUCUAAUAACAAGAACAUUUCCAAGGGCAAGAAUAAUGCCAAGGGAACGAAGAACUCGAAAGGUUCACCAGGGAGAAAAGCUAUUUCCAAGGGCAAGAAUACAUCCAAGGGCAAGAAUUCAUCCAAGGGCAAGAAUUCAUCCAAGGGCAAGAAUUCAUCCAAGGGCAAGAAUUCAUCCAAGGGCAAGAAUUCAUCCAAGGGCAAGAAUUCAUCCAAGGGAAAGAAUUCAUCCAAGGGUUCAUCUGGGAGAAAAGCUGCUUCCAAGGGCAAGAGUCAGUCCAAGGGUGUUCCCCAAAGAAAAGCCGUCUCUAAAGGCAAGAAUCUAGCUCAGGGGAAGAAAAGUCUCAACGGCGAGAAUAGACCCAAAAUUUCUUCUGGCAAAAAAGCUACAUCCAAAGGCAAGAACCAUGCCAAAGGAAGGAAUUCAUCCAAAGGCAAGCACAAUACCAAAGGAAAGAAUACAUCCAAAGGCAAGAACCAUGCCAAAGGAAAGAAUGCAUCCAAAGGCAAGAACCAUGCCAAGGGAAAGAGUACAUCCAAAGGCAAGAGCAAUAAUGGGGGCACGAAUAAUGCCAAGCACAAUCCAAAGAAUGGUCCCCAAAGGAAAGCCACCACUGGCAAGGGCGCUGCCAGCGACAAGAAUACUUCUAAGGGAAACAACAACCCUCUCAAGGCUGGACAGCCAAAAUCUGGCUCUCCUAGUAGAGCCCCUGUGUUAGGGUGUCGCGCUGAUAAUGACCCAACUUGCAAUGCCCCUAAAACAGGAGAAAAGAGAAAAGCAACUGACGAUGGAGGAAAUACGGGAGCUCAACGUCCAAAGACUGAUUCGUCGAGCUCAAACUCGGCCUCGAGUCAAAGUCCUUCUAACAAUCAACCUCAACCAUUACCGAAAUUGAAGGAAGAGUAUGCAGGCAAGGCUCAACACGGGAUGUAUAUGGCAGUUUGGCCGAAUCCAGCAGCGCCCUUGCCAGCAGGGCUUACCAAGGUAGGUAUAAAAUUCGGUGACGGCCCAGCCUCGACAUUUUCAGAAUACUCAAGGACGAAUGGGCAUCCUGACACAAUGGGCUGGUCACAUAGUAGUGGGCAACAACCUUCGUUUGUCCAAACGCAAAAAUAUGUGGGAAAACACCCAGAAGCAGUGCUUCCUGAGGCUACCAGACAACGUCCUGGUAAACACCAAGAGAAGGUCUCCUUUGGGGAUGAGCACAAAGGCCACCGUGAGGUGUAUGAUCUGCGGCCGAUGACACAAGCCGAGAUUGAUGCAAAACAUGGAGCCGGAAAAUACAAGGAAAUCAGCAUGCAACAGAUGAUGGGCAGCUUGUAA